CCCGUUUCUCCUCCUCUGCAAUGGCUCGUACUAAGCAGACCGCUCGCAAGUCCACCGGCGGCAAGGCUCCGCGCAAGCAGCUGGCCACCAAGGCCGCCCGCAAGAGCGCCCCGGCCACCGGCGGCGUGAAGAAGCCUCACCGCUACCGUCCCGGCACCGUGGCGCUGCGCGAAAUCCGGCGCUACCAGAAGUCGACCGAGCUGCUGAUCCGCAAGCUGCCGUUCCAGCGCCUGGUGCGCGAGAUCGCGCAGGACUUCAAGACCGACCUGCGCUUCCAGAGCUCGGCCGUCAUGGCUCUGCAGGAGGCGAGCGAGGCCUACCUCGUGGGUCUGUUUGAGGACACCAACCUGUGCGCCAUCCACGCCAAGCGUGUCACCAUCAUGCCCAAGGACAUCCAGCUGGCCCGCCGUAUCCGCGGCGAGCGGGCUUAAUAGGCACGCCUUCUACACUGGCACGUAAACCAAAACGGCUCUUUUAAGAGCCACCUCCAUUAUCCACCAAAGAUGCUGUAGUACAAGUUUGUAGAGUGUUCCAGGGUUUCCUAUUAUAUAUAGCCUUUCUUGACAAUGAUGAGCACCACCCGACGAAGCAGUCUGAGCUGCCUGUUUUUGGAAACAAGGCUUUCAGGAUAUCAUUUCAUCUUGUAUGCUUUCAACUAGAGUUGGGGUAGCCAUUUUAAGCCAGAAACAGGUACGCACUUCAGUUUGGGAUUGUGUUACAAUCCACACAGUAAAAGUCCAACAGAGUUAACGUUUUACUUUGUUUCACCAUUCAAACUUGUUACAUUGUUGGCAUUUCAAUUAUUUUUACCUUAUUUUGGUUAGUUUUGUUUUUAAAGCACGAUUCUCCUUGUCUAUGGUUUCCGUUUUCCUUAUCUGGGAUUAAAAAGGUCUGUGCCUGGCUCAGUUUAU